GGCAAACGUGACGGUCACCGACCUUGAGGAGCUGCAGGAGCUGUUGAUGGUUAAUAUAGAGCACAACAAACAUCUGGUGACAGGGUCAGUCCGAGCCAAGGUACUGAAAUGGGGUGAAGAUGUCACAGAAUUUCAGCCUCCCCCUGAUUAUAUACUAAUGGCUGAUUGCAUUUACUAUGAGGAGUCAUUAGAACCGUUACUGAAGACGCUGAAAGACCUUACUGGCCCUGAUACAUGUGUCUUGUGCUGUUAUGAACAGAGGACUAUGGGGAAGAAUCCUGAAAUUGAGAGAAAAUACUUUGAGCUGCUUCAGAUGGACUUUGAGCUGGAAAAAAUUCCCCUGGAUAAGCACGAUGAGGAGUAUCGCAGCGAAGACAUUCAUAUCGUGAAUAUCCACAGGAAACAAACGGAAGAGCACGGGACACGGGGCAGCUACCACAGAGUGCGCAGGCGUCCGGAUCUGACCAUCCACAUGCGAUUCCCAUGCGUCCCCCAGCGCUGCUCCAGAGCCCCCCGGGACUGUGUGGGGUCAGGACCCGCGCCCACGGGACUGAGGGAGCAGAUGCCCCGGAGCCUGCGGCUGAUCGCUGCCGUUGUGCCAUUUCCUGAGCCUCAGCCGAGGAGCGAAGGGCACAGCAACGCCGUAACUCGCCCGCUCGGCUGGCAGCGUGGGCUCGACCCGGCCGCCGUGCGGAUGCACGUUGUCCACACAUCCCUGCAGAUUCUCAAGCUCCAGCCACCUUCG